CAAAAGUCUUUGGGUAAUUAUUAUUUUGGAUCUGCGUGGGUUAAAGCAAGCAGUAACCGCCACCUAGGACCCAAUCUUUGGCCGCUUCGAAUUCCUCUCUUUCCUCUUCGCAUUCCGCGGCAGCCCCACCAUGUCGGCCACCGCCGUCGAAAAAAUCUCGCCGUCGCCGUCGCUCGAAAUUUCCGGCUCAAACAGACAGCAAAUCCGCAAAGCCUUCAAUCUCCUCAAGAACCACGCCUCCGCCGUCGCCAAUUUCACCCUCCAAUGGCAGGACCUCGAGGACCACCUCCAAUCCAUUCAAGCCAAACUCUACGACCUCCUAAAUCCCCAAUUCUCCCCGUCCAAACCUAAUUCCAUUUCCAAUCCCGCCGAUUCGCGAUCCAAGCCCGAACAAUCGCAUUCCAAUUCCAUUCCGAUUCACGACGGGAAGAAACUGGUAAUCCACUUGAAAGCGCAGUUGAAAGAGCACGAUUCGAUUCGCGACGACGUUCGUAAUGCGCUAAAGGCCGCGGAGGAUUCCGGAAAGCUCGUUCUCGACGCCAUUGGAGGGUUUUACCCUGCGGAGGCGAAAGCGGGGGUUGUUGAUUCCGAGCUCAGCGCGGUGAGGAGAAGUUGCUUGCUUUUGUUGGAGGAGAUGAUCAAGGUGAGGCCUUUGAUCAAAAAUAAAGUUAGGGAAGCGGCGUCUAAGCUUGCGUCUGUGUGGAAGACGAAGAUAAAGUUGGAGAUGGGGAAUUCCAUGGAGGUUUUUGGGUUUUUGAUGCUUUUGGUUGUUUAUGAGUUGGUUGGCGAGUACGAUAGGGAUGAGAUUUUGAGUCUUGUUGGCAAUGUUGUGCAGCGUAGGCAGGCUCCGGAGUUGUUUAAGUCGUUGGGUUUGUCUGAUAAGGCCUCUGAUUUUAUCCAGAAUCUUAUCUCACGGAUGAAGUACCUUGAGGCUGUUAGAUUUAUUUAUGCAUUUGAACUGGUUGACAAGUUCCCACCAGUACCCUUGCUUCAAGAUCAUUUGAAGGAUGUCAAGAUGGCUGCUAGGACUAUUUGGAAAAAGAACAAUAGUUCUCCUAAAGAAAAGGAUGAUGCCGCAAACAAAGAAAUAGCUGCUCUGAGAGGCGUAAUAAGGUGCAUUGAAGAAUACAAGCUUGAAUCUGAAUACUCUCCUGAGGAACUUAAAGAACGUGUUGAGUGGCUGAGAAAGCAGAAAUAUGAGAGGAAAGAAAAGGAGAAGAAUGCAAAGCAGAAGGCUCCCGGUCCCAAGGCUCAAGCGCAGCAGGUCAGUGGAAAGAAACGUGCAUUCCCUGAUUCUAAAUUUCAAAUGAAAAAUCCACAGAACAGAAAUAAAAAUCUACGGACAGCACAAGUGGCAGUUGCGCCAAAUCUUUCUUCUAGAGCAAUAGCCACAGUCCAGACCGUGCAUCAUCACCCAGUAGGCUUAUAUGAGGGUGAAAGGACAGAAUACUUGAUGCCACCGGUCCGGAUGGCUGCUGCACCAGCUGCAGCUUCUCCAAUUGUUCCUGCUACUAGGGCAGCCGCGGUCCAUGCACUGCACCAUGUUCCGGUGGGCAUGCUUGAGCGUGAAGGUGCAGAAUACUUGCUUACAACAGCAGCUGCUGCUGCUGCUCCUGCUUCUGGUCCAAGCACAUCUUUUGGUGCUGCUUCCAGCUUUUACUCCACUAAAGCAUCUCAUUAUCAGCCUGCAGAUUUAUACACGGGCCAAGGAACACAGUACUCAUCUGGAUACCAUAAUUUGGCACGCUCCCCUCUCAAUACACGCCCAAGCUUACAGCCUGGUACUCAUGGUUUGGUGGCCUCCCCUACCCAGCGCAUGAGCCAAGCUCAUGAAGCCUAUAAUUUGACGGGUUCCGUCCUUGAUCCUCAUCACAUCAGCUCUACCCUUUAUGCAUUGGCAAGCUCUGGUCAUCUCACUGCACAUUUGAACUCAUCUGCUGAGCAGUAUGGAACAAGUGAAAGGAGUGGGCAGUUUGGGUCACCCGAAGCCUCUCAGCAUAUCAGCAUCCAUUCGAAUGCAAGCCCACAUAGUUUUCUCGCUAAUCACCCCAAGGCUCCUUUGAGGGUAGCUACACACGGUGAUAGGCCCUUGUCUUCUAGUAGUGGCUAUGGCCAUGAAGCGCUGUCCAAACGUCCCUACGUGUUUUACCUUUAGCUCCAUUGGGUACUCUUUAUUGUAAUUCGGUCCAAUAAACUUGUAGUUGCCGAUUGUGCAUAGGGGCUCUCAGACAAUUUAACCUUUUUACUUUCA